UAGGUAUUAAACACAGUGAGUUUAUCUAAAUUCCAAUCUCACAAAGAUGAUUGUGAUGUUUAUUUUGAUACAUUUGAUGGAUUCAUCAGAGUCUGGUAUUGCUCCGACGUGGCACGAAUGUGGCUGUCGUUGGUUACCGUGGGAAGGGUGGUCAGAUUGCAGUGCUAAAUGUGGUGGGGGGAGUAGAUACAGGAGCAGAAGCGUAUGGGUCUAUGACAAAUGUAACAGAAGCUUUUCUGCUUGUGCAAGCUAUGAUAUGGGCAGUGAGUGGGAAGACUGUAACACAUUUUGUUACCAAGGAACAUACCGCCCCAGUUAUGGCUGCAAUUGUCAGGAAGGAUGGUGUGGAAGUUGUUGUAAAAACCAAAUAACAUGUGGAGAUCCAGGUAAACUAAGCAAUGGACAGGUAACUGGAUCUACUUAUACCUACGACAGUACAAUUUCGUAUCACUGCUAUCAGUACUAUAAUUUGACUGGUGGAACCAGAACUAGAAGAUGUCAGACCAAUAGUGUUUGGAGUGGUCGUAAACCCCGAUGUGCAUUUGUGAAUUCCUGUGCCAGUAACCCAUGCCAAAAUAAUGGAACCUGUGUUAAUGGUUUGGAUCGAUAUGACUGUGUUUGUACAAAAAGCUACACAGGGAAAAAUUGUGAAACAGAUAUCCAGCCUCCAGUAAUGACUGGUUGCCAUGACAACAUGACGGUCUUUUCUUCAACACCUGAAACUUUCCUUAACUGGACGACACCCAACUUUUAUGAUCCCGUUGGGAAGACUUUAACUGUUUCAACUAAUUAUCCCGAAAACAGCUGGAAAUUUCCAUGGGGAGAUUUCACAGUUCAGUAUGUGGCUCUGAAACCCUCAAACGGUUUACGAACAAGCUGUUUAUUUAAUAUAAAAGUCCGACCUCAUCCUUGCAAGGAUCUAAAUAUUCCCCAAAAUGGAGCCAAAGUUUGUAAUGGCUGGAAAACUGAUUACGGUGAAUUUUGCCUCGUCUUCUGUGGCCCCGAGUACAGUUUGGAUGUGAGAUUCAGCCAUCACCAGUGGUACGUGUGUGGAGCGAGUGGUACAUGGGCACCGGAUGGGACGAUGCCUAACUGCACAGGAACGUUUCUCACAAAGAAGACGGAUGAUGACAAAUUUAGAUUUAACAACAACUGCUCUUCUACUGAACAGAUCAGCAAAAUGCAAGAAACAUAUCUUUUAUCUCUUAAAUCCUCUGCAUAUGCAUAUUUUUGCUUUAAGUUCAGAGAUCUUUGUCAUGAAAAGAAUGUUGCAGUUUUUUGUACAUAGUCAACAAACAAUAUAUACAAGAUCUACUGGAUUUGAUAUGCUUUAAUCU